AUGCCGAGAUCGAUUGCGAUUGCGACAGCGUCAACGGCGAAGGGGUUUCUUCGUCGCCGGCAUUUGCUAGAGAGAGGUAAUUUUGAUAAUCCUGAGGCUGCUUCUCACUCGUUUUGCGUUAUUUGGUCGCGACCUUUCUCUGGUGCGACUCAUUAUCGAGAGAGAUUGAGAAAUGGGUUUCUUCGCUCUAUCAAGUUUGAUGAUGCGUUCAAUUUGUUCUGCGAGAUGCUUCGUUCUCGUCCCCUCCCAUCCAUUGUUGAUUUCACUAGAGUUUUGACAGCCAUCGCCAAGAUGAACAAGUACGACAUCGUCAUCUAUCUCUGCCAGAAGAUGGAAAAUUAG